AUGACAGAUAUUGUGUUGAAGAAUGAGACAAUCCAAUGCACUGCUGGUGCUAUUCCGGUCAAAAAUGAGAAGGGCCAGACAUAUAUGCAGAAGGUGAAAGUGCACCGUUACAUCGCCGGCAAGCGUCCAGAUUUUGCCUCUGAUUCUGAGGAGUCCGACAUUUCCGAUUUUGAGGUAGAGGCUGGGGCCGACGUUCGCCAACAAAGACGCCGUCGAAGAGUCGAUGUACCAGAGGAAGUUGAAAAACGUGAGAGCAUCUCUGUCCUGGAGCAGGAACCUACCACUGAAGAGCUCAGCGAUCCUCGAUUUCGGCGCCUGAUGCUUCUGAAGCAAUCGCGAGAAGUGGUAACUGGAGAUGAGGAUGCAGAGGAUCGAGUAGUACGUCACAAACGUUUCCGUGGCAGUGGUGAUGGCGCCUCCUCGUCUGACGACGGAAUGAAGGAUGGCGUUAAGGAAGAGGAAGAGGAGGAAGAAGUGGACGAGGAGGAGCUCGCUCGUCGACGAGAACUUAUUCGACAACGAGCACGCAAACGCCGUGCAGCAGAGGAGGCAGACCUGGAGCGAGCGUCUGCUGUAGAUGGGCGACGCAAUGUUGAGGCGGAGGAAGUGGAAAAGGAAGAGGAGGAGGAGGAGGAGGAAGAAGAGGAAGAGUACACUUCUAGUGGUUCUGAGGAUGAGAUGGGUGCGUCCAAACUGAAACCAGUCUUUGUACGCCGUCAGGAACGCAUCACCCUGCAGGCCAAACAACGUGCUGAUCAAAUUGCUGCUGAGGCAGCUGCUGAGGCCAAACGACUCGCUGAUGAGAGACGCAGGGACACUUUGAAACUUCUGGAAGCGGAGAUUCGCCGAGAGGCUGAAGAGGCACGAUUAAUGCAAGACGAACUAGAGGCAUUAGAUUCGGAUGAUGCCACUGGCGAUCAGCAGAAGGAGCAGGAAGAGUACGAGCUUUGGAAAGUUCGUGAACUUAAGCGCAUACGCCGUGAUCGUGAGGCUCGCGAGGCUAUAGAGCGCGAGAAAGCCGAAGUGGAGCGAGUGCGUGCCAUGACAGAAGCCGAGCGACAAGCUGAGUUCCGCAAGAACCCCAAGGAGGUGACCAAUAAAGCGGUGAAGGGGAAGUACAAGUUCCUACAGAAGUACUACCAUCGUGGUGCCUUUUUUGUUCAAACAGAAGAAGAGAAGCUCUAUCAGCGCGACUUCUCCAAACCUACGUUGGAAGAUCACUUCGAUAAGACCAAGCUGCCUCCGGUCCUCCGCGUGAAAAACUUUGGACGAGCAGGUCGAACGAAGUACACGCACUUGGUGGAUCAGGACACGACGGCUUUCGACGCCGCGUGGACCUCCAACGACCCGCUGGCGACUAAGUUCCAGAUGUCUCACGGUGGUGGGUUCAAGGAGAUCUUUGAGAAACCAACUUCGAGGAAGAACACGAAGUAA